UAUCCCGUGCUCCCCCCUUCACCAUCCCUUCUGGGGUGCUCCCCUAUCCCCUUCCCCACUCCCAGGCGUCUCCCCAUCCCUGGGGGUUGUUGGUAUGCGCCCCUGUCUUCCCGCCCGCGUUCCAGGGGUUCCCGAAAGUCUCUGUCCUGGUACCUAGUCGCUUACACCCUUGGAUUUACUAAACUCUCCGGACGUGCAGCUUGUCCCUAGGGUACCAAGUAGGAAACGUUUGCAGUUAGGUCUAAGACCAAUCAAGAAUUACCAGGGUUCGAAACAAAUUCUUGGACCUUCUCAGGAGGUGACAGAAUCUGUUAAAAAGUAGUCGGCAACUCCGUGCGUCGGGGUUAUUAAGAAUGAGCCCAGAGCGCUGGGACUUAACGUCAGGCAUCUGAGAAAGGUCUGAAGUUGGGGAAGAAGAACUUCGUGCCUGUGUUAUGCUUGUUUUUGCUAAGGAAUAUGCCUCUUGAGUUGACGUUUGCCCCAGUGGUUCACCUCGAAGAAGUUAUCUGUAGCUUUCGCCCCUUUGCUCGUGCGCUCCUUUUCUUUGUUCCUUUUUCCAGAGUUGUGACUGAAGUAAACAGCUUCGUUCUGGGUGUGCUGAGUAGAUUUAUUCAAGAAUUAGUGAGGUCAGAUUCCUGUGAACAACUCAGAACUUGGGGUUGUGCUUUUGCAAAAUGGAGCCUCACAAUGGGGGUGAGAGGGGACCUGGUAGGUGAUGGGGUUCAGCCCUUGAGACGAACGCCUAGGACUCCUGGACUUAACCCAUGCUUGCACCUGGCCUGGGGCAUCCUUGGGGGUGAGAGGCUCUCCACCUUGUCAGAAUGGUUCAGUAGUUGUAAUUCCUGUUGUUAGAAAGCCUUACUUUGUGUUUAGAAGAGCUUAUCUACAUCUAACGUGAUUCACUGGUUUGGCUUUUAUCAUGCUCAUGAAUAAGUGUAUACAUGGCAGCCUUUCAAAUGUUUGGAAAAGAAAAUCCCUCUGCAUUCCUCCUGAAAAUUCUGGUUUUUAAGAGAAGUCCCAGUUUCAUGUGUUGUUCCACCAGCAGGAGGUGUGGUGUGUUUCUGUUUUGAGCUGGUCUCAGCGUGUGUAACCGGUGUGGGUGGACCAGCCCUUGUGGUUCUUAGGAUUGCAAGACACCCUUCAGCAAUAACCCUCAGGAAACUUUGAAAAAAUAGAGGUUUAUUACUUAGAGCACCUGGAAGUAUCCCAAGGAGGUGGUAUGUAGAGUGAGAGAGAACACUUGGGCCUGGGUUUCUGCUUUUAUUGGGAUUGAGGGUGGGGCAUAGGGUUUCUCAGGCUUACUCUUUAUUGGUGAAUGAAAAACAUAAAAGUGUUACAGCCUGGGAAGAAAUGGUGGUGGCCUAAAUGGUCAGUUAGUGAAAUCAGCCUGGAUCUCGGAAACAGGAGCCUCAGUCAGUGGACAGGGCCUGGCUCUCUGUUUAGUGCUGUGGCUAGCGAUGUGUAUUGGGACAGCCAUCUUUGAAGUGGAUGCCUGGGCAAUCAAAGCUUAGGUUAGGCACUUGUAUUACAGAAAAGAAGCAACCACCAGGGUCCUUUUUCAGUUUGUCUGCCCCACCAAUUACUUGGUCCAUAUUCCCCUUAACAAGUGACAUUCAGGUUGGAACAUGGGCCUCCAUGUGUAGUCUGACAAACUUGGCAUAGACUGGAAUCCGGAUCCCCCAUUAUUAGGCCUCGUGCGGUGUUGGCCUGGCCACAGUCACAGCCGCCUCUUCUGUCUGUCGUGAGACCUUCUCACUCCUGCUGCUGCGCAGCCAGUGUCCUCAGCCAGCAGUUGGUUUUGGGAGGAGCGGGUAUGAGAGUAGGGUUUUCCUUCUGGGCUGUGGUCAGGUAACUGCAGAGUAGUGAACUACCUGAAGACUGUAAAGUCUGACCAAGUCCAGCAUCCAAGAAAUCACUUGCCAUUACUUUGAAUAUCGAGUUUGGAUCGUAGAGUCAGGUUUCGUUCGGCAAGGGUAUCUCGGAAACUUCUGUUGCUGUGGAACCUCCUGUUUUUGGUGGCAUUACCGCUGAUCACAUCAGUGGUUGGUAGUGAGCAGUGAUUGUUUCCAGUGUGAGGGAGUGGAGUGUUAGAUUACCAGGCAGACUUAAUAAAUAUCAGACCCUAUCUAUGGUCACAUGCCUCCUACCAGUGGCAACAGAUAGGGUUACCCCAUAGUUAUUUAGCCUGUCAUUCUGGGUAAAGAAUACCAACAUGUUAUGUACUAAAGAAGUUUUUACCUUGAGUAUUUUCAAAAGCUGCAUUUGGUGCAGGAUAAAGAACCUUGGCCUUAGGCCAGACCAUCAGGGUUUGAAUUCCAACCAUCCCCUCAUGCACUGGUGUGUGUGGUAAUGGGCCAAAUAGCCACUCAGUCCCAGUUUGCUUCAUGCUGUUGUGAAGCCAAAGCAGGGUUGUGAUUGGCAGGUGACACCUAUAAAAAGAUUAUAGCUAUUUCUACUAAAAAGCUAGCCUUCACUUAUGGAAUAAACUUUGAAAGUGAGGCAAAACUGAAAAUAAAUGAUAGGUAUUUAGUAGAAAAAUGAAACAUACCCAGCAUAUAGUUUGUGUUGUCUUCUGAAGAUUAGAAUGGUGGUUUUGAGAUAGAAUGAUAGAACAUUAUAUACAGGCUUCUGGGUGGAAAGGUGGGUUUCAGACCCUCCAUGGGGGAGUUGUGAUUUCCAGGCUUCUUCCUGAAUAGACUGUUAAGCAGCCAAACAGGACUCCACUUUUAACCAGUGACCCCCAAUUCUAAGAUGACUGUCCUGGACUAGGGGUAUGGACUUUAGCUCUGGAACUGAGUGGUUUAUCCAAGAUUAAAGUCGACCUCAUUAGCAAGUAUCCCAUCUGGCCAUGGACCAUGACCUAACAAGGGCUCUGAAACAACUUAAAGGUGAAGAUGGAAUAACUGAACUGCCCUAGUGAUAUGAAAAGUUGAUCUCCAAAUUCUUGAUGAACGGUUCCACCCAUAAAGUGGAAGAGUAUUUGUAUUAAGCUCCUCCUUUCACACAUUUUGUGUAUUUGUAAAAAGCUGGCAUUCAUCUGUAAGGUUUAUUUUCAUUCCUGGGAAAGCCUCUUCCACCACAGUUGUCAGCUGGGUGCGUGAGGCAUGUAUGUGGAAUCUCUAUCCCCAGUAUUUCUUUAUGAUUCUUGUUCAGCUGUUAGAAAUCCAUAGGAUUGUGAGGGGGAAAGCAGUAUAAACUUUGUAAUAAUAAAAUAAUAGUAUGUUGUUAUGGAAGUUGCCUGACUUAGAUACUGUGUCAGUGCUUGGAAAGUCUGGUGUUUUCUUUUUUCCCCAACAAUUUAUAUCAGAUGUUUUGUAAAACAUGACUAUUUUACGUGAGAUACAUGGGUAAGUAUAAAAUUGGAAAAGAUGCAGUUUUAGGAAGAGCAAGUCCUCAACAGAUGAAAGCAUUUUCCCCUGUGAAUAAGAGGGAGGCACAGUGUGUUUCAGUAGUUGGCUCAGAGGGAACAUAUGCUGUUACUUUUUCUUCUUGAAGGCAGUUGGGAAGAAGUAUUGCCUAAGUGUGAUCUUGAAGAUGGGAGGUGCUGUGAGCGCUGGUGAAGAUAAUGACGAGCUAAUAGAUAAUUUGAAAGAGGCACAGUACAUCCGGACUGAACUGGUAGAGCAGGCUUUCCGAGCUAUUGAUCGUGCAGAUUAUUAUCUUGAAGAAUUUAAAGAAAAUGCUUAUAAAGACCUAGCUUGGAAGCAUGGAAACAUCCACCUCUCAGCCCCAUGCAUUUACUCGGAAGUGAUGGAAGCCCUGGACCUGCAGCCGGGGCUCUCCUUCCUGAACUUGGGCAGUGGUACUGGCUACCUCAGCUCCAUGGUGGGGCUCAUCCUAGGUCCUUUUGGUGUAAACCACGGUGUGGAACUUCAUUCAGAUGUGAUAGAGUACGCGAAGCAGAAGCUAGACUUCUUCAUCAGAACAAGCGAUAGCUUUGACAAGUUUGAAUUCUGUGAACCUUCCUUUGUUACUGGAAAUUGCCUGGAGAUUUCUCCAGAGUGUUCUCAAUACGACCGAGUGUAUUGCGGGGCUGGUGUGCAGAAAGAGCACGAGGAGUACAUGAAGAGCCUUCUCAAAGUCGGAGGGAUCCUUGUCAUGCCGCUGGAAGAGAAGUUGACUAAGAUAACGCGUACUGGUCCUUCUGCUUGGGAAACCAAAAAGAUUCUAGCUGUUUCUUUUGCUCCUCUGAUCCAGCCCUGCCAUUCACAAUCAGGAAAAUCAAGAUUUGUCCAGUUACCACCCUUGGCGGUCCGCAGCCUGCAGGACUUGGCUCGCAUAGCCAUCCGGGGCACCAUUAAAAAGGUCAUUCAUCAGGAAACACUGAGCAGAAACGGAAAUGGACUGAAGAAUACUCCGAGGUUUAAACGAAGGAGAGUUCGCCGCCGUCGAAUGGAAACAAUUGUCUUUUUGGACAAAGAGGUCUUUGCCAGUCGGAUUUCCAACCCCUCUGAUGACAACAGCUGUGAAGACUUGGAAGAGGAACGGCGGGAGGAAGAGGACAAAACCCCGCCUGAAACGAAGCCAGACCCCCCAGUCAACUUCCUGCGUGAGAAGGUCCUCAGCCUCCCCCUGCCUGAGCCCCUGAAGUACUACCUGCUUUAUUACAGAGAAAAGUAAGUCUGUGUGGACAGGAAAACGCGACAGCGGGCCGCCGGGCCUGGCGUCCGCCGGUGAGGGGUGCCCUGCGGCGGAUUCGAUGGGGGACGAAAGCGCACUACUCUCUACAUUUCUUCUUCAAGUUUGUUCCUGAUUGUCCCCUAGCAUUUUCAUCCAGAGGUAUGAAUUCUUUAACGUUAACCUGACAAACGUAAAGUGCAUAGAAUGCUUUUCCAACAGGGAGAGAACUUGGAGCAGGAUGCUGACUUCUGGCUCUCAUGAAGCCCUGAAGCUCGGUCUGCAUGUGGGGACUGCUUGGUGACUGUCUUCCACACAAAUACAUCUUCAUUAAAAAUGAAAAAUGGAGUCGAAAUUAACCUAUGUUGCUUAUUCGAUGUGAAGCAAAGCACAGGUUUAUAAGCUUGUAAAGUCUUAGGGGUGUGAACACCUGUGUUCAAGUUUCAGUUUUACAGUAUGAACCUCUUAAAUUUUAACAAUGCUUUUCACUAAACUUUUUAGUUUUUAACAGGAGGGAAACAUUAUUGAAAAGCCCUCUCUUAUUUUUGGUUAAAUUAAUUAUAUCUUAUGUGAGUUGUCAGUUAUAAUUUUAAAUAUGAAAAGAUUGUGAUGGGGGAGGAGGAAUAAAAAUUGCCAGAUGCCCUUCUGAAAUUUCAGAAGAAUUCCAAGGAAUUUUUUCCUAACAUCGUAUUAUUACCUUUAAAAAACACCAAUGUCUAGUAAUCAUUUAAAGACUAUCCUGAAGAAUGAAGUAAGUGUGUGUAAAAUAAGUGGUAUUAGUUCAACCCCAGAGGUACGGAUGAUUGCUGAGCCAACCGUAAAGACGGCAGGUGUCUAAGGGAUGACAUGCUUGGUCCUCAGAACAGGUGAAAAGUAUUAAGACUGCAGGAAAUAGAUUGGGGACUGGAUUAUAGAUGGACUGUGCUUUUUUUCAGUUGUCUGUUUUUCUGUAAUAAUAGUACAGUACUGAUGCAUCAUAGAUUUUAUCUUUUAUAAUUCUCCAUAAGAACAAAUACAUGUACUUUAGUGGUUCCAUUGCAUUAGAACAGUAUAACUCACAGUGACUUGAGAAAUGGAUCUCUAGAGCUUUCUAUCUUUAUGAAGUUAUGGGUCUAGAAGAAAAGGCAGUUCUUCCAGUCAGAUGGCAGAAUGUUUGGAUUACAUUGCUUACUACAGAAUAUUGGUUCUUUUCAAAUUUUUUUUAACCCAAAGAAAAGUAUAUAAAACGUUAAAAACAAAUUCAGUCUCAGAGUGCUAAUGUAGAAUUAAUCAUCCAGAUUUUAUGAUGUUAGCCCUUAGCCUCUUAGGUGUUGCUGGGGUUCAGUGGCCCUCUGAUUUCACCAGCUUAACUGAGUUCUGGUUAUAUUUUUAAAACUUUUCUGCUUUUUAAAAGUAACUGAAUCAUUUUUAUCACAGGAUACUGUGUGCAUGUAUAGCUGGGAAAACGUAUAUUGGGCUACAUUUGUAAAUUUCAGCUGUUCUAAACAUUACUUCAUAGUUUUUACCUGCUUUUUUACUCAAAGUCAAGCAUCAUUCUUUGAGACACAUGAUUUCUGUUUACUUGCCAAAACUUCAUAGUUUACAGUUCCUUGUUGGCAUUAUUCCAGUUGAUACAUAGAGACCUCUGCAAUACAGGAACAUUUUUGGACAUAAUAGUAAAUAAAUUAUAUCUGUGAAAUCUGUUACAUGAGGUGACUUGACUAAAUUUUUUUUCCCUAUAAUUGUACAUGGAUUUCAUUUUUUUAACAACCACAUUUGCCUUUAGGCUUGACUUUAAAGUUUUUUUUCAAUGCCUAAGAUGUGCUUUUCCCUGUAUAUGUUAAACUUUUCACAAUAUUUUCUAUUUACAUGUUGUCAGUCUGAGUGAUUUUUUAACCAGAAUUUGGUUAAAAAUAUAUAGAUAUAAUAUAUGUGAAGUAGGUGGUAUUUAUCUCACAAACAUAAAGGAGAAUUGUAAAUGAGUUUUCCUAUGCUUAAGCACCUUCCACCAGAAUUCAGAAUGGUACACUACUUUUUGUUUUCAAACAAAUGAAGCAUAUACAGUCAGUGUUGCCUGCAGGCUCUGUCUUGUAAACUGCAUUUUAGGCCACUGUCGGCUUUUAUGUCUUGAGUAGUCUGUAUUUUUAUAUGUCACUUUUGUCUUGAAAGUAGUAAAGCCAUAGACAUGUGCAAAACAAGUAUCAAAUUUUAUGAACAUUAUGUAAUAUAAAAAUCAGUGGUGUAUUUUAAAAUACUUUUGCCUGUCUGGAACUUUCAGGGGAUUAAUGCAAGAAAUUUGAAAGAUUUUAAUCAGCUUGUAUAUGUGGAUAAAUAAAGAUACCAAUAAAGUUAGUUAAGACAUUUUA